AUGUCGCCAGAUACAGAGACUCCUCCAGGGCUCGAAGCUCUUGCAAACCAUCUAGGAUAUACUUUUGUGAAGAAAGAUACGUCCUCUUCUACUAGUAGCAAUGCCGGCGACUUAGCAGCUGAACCCGGUAAUCCGGAGACAAGCUCAACUGAGGAUCAAGGAGCUGAGAAAGAGUCAUCUGAAAACGACGUCCCGCCCGGCUCACUGACAUCGUCCGCCAACAUCUAUCGUGGCUCGCCGGAAGAUAGCUGGACAGCGAAGGAACCUGAAGAUACAGAGCCUGCAGAAGGCAAGGACACAAUUAGUCAUGCGGUCGUCCUUCGUCAACAAAAGAGCAAAGACAGCCGCAAGGGAUACGAAAUCCAUUCUAUUGUAAUUCAGUCCCAGGUCCUCAAGACUGCGUUGGCAGAGAUCCUUGACGGAUAUCCCGGCGUCUACUGCAACCUGGACCGGCUAGUCUUCAAGGCUCCAUUCGCACCGUUCAUUCACCGAUGGGGAGCCAUCCGCAAGUACCUAGAAAACGAUAAGCUCGAGGAGGUUACUCGAGAUCACAUGAAGUUGCUGCGCGAUAUUCUACAGAAAGAAUGUGCCGAAACGAUCAAAGCCUUGGAAGACUACGUAGACCAUGGUGUCGUGACAUACGAGCAUGCAUGGACGAUAUUCCAGCCUGAUUCUGUUGUCUUGUCAUCGAUCGGCUUGGGCGAGCAGAUUGCAUUCAGACUCAAGAGUGCUUCCUAUCAAGAAACGGACGAAGGAAAUUUCUUCAACGUAAAAUGCCAGUCUGUCGACUGGAACGGCAAGUCCUUUGGCUGGUCAUCCGAGUCUGUGAAGCUGCCAGAGUUUGAGGGGAUCCAACCGAUCAGUGAGUUGCGUAUCCUUCCUCUGGCAUUCCACCCCAAGAAGGAGCAACUGAAACAUGCGCUUAUUGAACGCGGGAAGCGGUUUGCCGCCUUGUCCGGCUACCACUACAGAGGCUACGAUGGCCCUGCAAUCGAACGUACCGAUGACGGAAAUAUCCUUGUGCAGAACAAAGGCCGCAUCAUCAUAGACACGGACAGCUUCUGCAAGCAACCGUACCAGUGCAAGGUUUAUACCGUGCCUUUGAAAAGCAAGGUGAAGGCCAAGGUCACCACGCAUGACGAUGGUGACCAAGUGGACGACUACGACUGCGAUGACGAUCCAUACUGGGACCCACCAACAGAGCGGAACACGGCUCUAUCGGCGAAAGAGAAGUCUGAUCCGGAACCUGUGAAACUCUCAGACUAUCAGUAUAUGCUGUGCACGCCGAUCUUGCGCGGAUAUUCGUUGACGGUCAAAAAGUGGCUUUCAUUCUAUAUCGACCACGUCCAACCUAUCAAAUGGAACACCGAGGCGUUCGACAACCUCGUCCUACCAGCAGCCCAGAAGAAGCUUGUGUUGGCGCUGUCCAAAAGUCAGGCUGCCACUGCCAACCACUUCGAUGACGUUAUUGCUGGCAAGGGCAAGGGUAUGAUUCUCUUGCUUUCGGGUCCGCCAGGAGUUGGCAAAACAUUGACCGCCGAGGCGGUAUCCGAGAAUAUGAAGGUUCCGUUGUACAUGCUGUCCGCUGGAGAUCUCGGCACUCGCCCUGACGAUGUGGAGUACAACUUGAACAACAUUCUGGAAAUUGUGGCCAAGUGGAAAGCCAUCCUGCUAAUAGAUGAGUGCGAUGUCUUCCUAGAAGCACGGUCUGUACACGAUCUGAGCAGGAAUAGACUAGUAUCGAUCUUCUUGCGCUUGUUGGAGUAUUAUAAAGGCACCCUUUUCCUGACGACCAACCGAGUGGACAACAUGGAUGCGGCAUUUCAAUCUAGAAUACACGUUCACAUGAAGUAUGCCGACUUGACGAGCAAGUCGAGGCGCCGAGUUUGGAGCUCUUUUGUCGGUCGAAUGCCGUCACACCUCAACGCGUCGGACCUUGACGAACUUGCGGAAGUGCCUCUGAAUGGAAGGCAGAUUAAGAACUUGGUGAAGACGGCGCAGCUUUUGGCGCUUGAAGACCAAAAAUCCUUGACUAAAGAGCAUGUCGACAUGGUGUUAGCGAUCGAGAAGGGGUUUGAGGAUGAACAGGAUGAUUAG